CAACUACACUCUCCUCUGGAAUCUCAACUGACGCGCUUCUCCAUUUCUUCACCCAGUAGUCUUCUCCAUCAACAAAAACCCCCCUUCAUCUUCCUUCUCCUCUCCACCAUUAAAUUACACUAAUUAUUACCCACUUGCUCAAAUGGAAUCUGAAAAACCAAGAAACAGAUCAUCUUCAUCAUCUCUAUACCCACAAGUAAUUGAAUCAAACCCAGACAGUUCUUCCCCCUUUUCAACGAACCCUAAAACUUCUUCAUUAUAUCCAUCUGUUCACUCAUCUGACCCAGUCACCGCCACCACCAUCAACAACAACUCUAAUACUUACUCAUCAUCUUCCGGUUCUUUCUAUCCAUCUCUAGACAUGAAAGAUCUAGUUGAUAAUCUUUUCCCAGAUGAAGUCCACAAUCAGAAUCACAACACCAGUAGUUUAGCCCCAACUGCACCAAUUGAAUCAGUGGAGGAAGUUCUUAUAAAGAUCCCUGGUGCAUUAGUUCAUCUAAUUGAUAAACAACAAAGUGUUGAACUAGCUUGUGGAGAUUUGAGUAUUGUUAGGCUCAGACAAAAUGAAAAUGUCGUCGCGGUUCUGGUACGCGUUAGCGAUCAAAUUCAAUGGCCGUUGGCGAAAGAUGAAGCUGCGGUUAAGCUUGAUGACUCUCAUUACUUUUUCUCUUUACGAAUUCCAUCGACUUCGGUUAAAGUUACUGGUUCAGAUAGUGAUGAAGAAGCUGGUCCUCAUCAGUAUAUUGAUAAUGAGUUUUUGAAUUACGGUGUUACGAUUGCGUCGAAAGGGCAAGGGGGUUUGAUUAAGGAGCUUGAUGGGAUACUUGAACAUUACAGUAGUUUCUCUGUGCAGAAGGUUUCGGAGAAGAGUGAUGUUUUGGAUGGGUCAAUGGCGAAGGAGAUUUCGCCUGCGGAGAUGAAAUCGGAGGGGAAGAAGAAGGAAUUGAUGGAGGAUCGAUCGGCGGCUUAUUGGACUACGAUAGCGCCGAAUGUUGAAGAUUAUAGUGGUUGUGUUGCUAAGUUGAUUGCGUCUGGAUCGGGGCAGAUGAUUAGGGGGAUUUUAUGGUGUGGUGAUGUUACUGUUAGUAGAUUGAAAUGGGGAAAUGAUUUUCUCACUAGGAGGAUGGACCCUUGCAUCAAGCAGUCUGAAGUUAGCCCCCAAACCAUGAGAAGAAUCAAAAGGGUGAAACAGAUGACGAAGAUGUCUGAGAAAGUGGCAACUGGAGUUUUAUCUGGGGUUGUGAAAGUCUCAGGGUUCUUCACAAGUCCGAUUGUGAAUUCGAAAGCCGGCAAGAAGUUCUUUAGCCUCUUGCCAGGAGAAAUUGUUCUUGCUUCCCUUGAUGGAUUCAGCAAGGUCUUUGAUGCGGUUGAAGUAGCUGGAAAGAAUGUCAUGUCGACUACAUCGACUGUAACUACAGGACUUGUUUCCCACAAGUAUGGAGACAAAGCGGCUGAAGCUACAAAUGAAGGGAUGGAUGCUGCUGGGCAUGCGUUUGGUACAGCUUGGGCUGUGCUUAAGAUUAGGAAUGCUCUUAACCCCAAAAGUGCUUUCAAACCAACUUCCCUUGCCAAAUCUGCUGCUAAAGCGGCUGCUGCUGACUUGAAGGCGUCAAAGUCCAAGAAGAAGUGAAACUAAAAUUGGUCAGUGGAGCGAGCAGGGCAACGUCAUUCUUUACUCUGGGAAGGCAUAACACUGCCUUUUGUUGUUUGCGCUGCUUUAUUAAGUGUUUAGGAUCUCUCUGUCUUCUUUUUUAAGAUUCAGGAGUGAGUGAGUGAAUUAGUAGAAAGGCAAUGCCUUUCUUGUGGAUGGUUUGUGUAAUUUAAGUAGUAAACCAGUAAUCAGAUUUAGUGUUUGAACAUAUUUUACGGUUGUAGGAUGUCAUGAAAUCUCGUUCAUUCUCUCGUUCCACUUAUUGUAAAUCCUGUCAUGUGAUGUCGUAUCAUGUUAAUUGAAGGAGAAUGUGCCAGCUAUUUUCGAACAUCAAUUGUGUUUAUUCUU